AUGGCGUUGGCAAUGGCUCUCCGGCGGCUUUCCUCCACCGUUGAUAAACCCGCAAAGCGUCUCUAUAAUGGCGGCUCCCUUUACUACAUGUCAUCUUUGCCAAAUGAAGCAGUGUAUGAGAAGGAAAAAAAUGGUGUCUCGUGGCCAAAGCAACUGAAUGCUCCACUAGAAGUUGUUGAUCCUGAGAUUGCUGACAUUAUCGAGCUCGAGAAAGCCCGACAAUGGAAGGGACUGGAACUUAUUCCUUCGGAGAAUUUUACUUCGGUCUCUGUGAUGCAAGCAGUUGGUUCAAUUAUGACUAAUAAAUACAGUGAAGGAUACCCUGGUGCUAGAUACUAUGGAGGAAAUGAGUACAUUGACAUGGCAGAGACUUUAUGCCAAAAACGUGCUUUGGAAGCAUUUCGGUUGGAUCCUGCAAAAUGGGGAGUGAAUGUGCAGCCUCUAUCAGGAUCUCCGGCAAAUUUUCAUGUUUACACUGCAUUACUUAAACCACACGAGAGAAUUAUGGCCCUCGAUCUUCCUCACGGUGGGCAUCUUUCACAUGGAUAUCAGACUGACACGAAGAAGAUAUCGGCAGUCUCUAUAUUCUUUGAGACUAUGCCUUACAGAUUGAAUGAAAGUACUGGCUACAUUGACUAUGAUCAGAUGGAGAAAAGUGCUACACUGUUUAGGCCGAAGUUAAUAGUGGCUGGUGCCAGUGCUUACUCCCGUCUCUAUGACUAUGCACGCAUUCGGAAGGUUUGUGACAAGCAGAAAGCAGUUAUGUUAGCAGAUAUGGCACACAUUAGUGGAUUAGUAGCAGCUGGUGUUAUCCCUUCGCCAUUUGAUUAUGCCGAUGUUGUUACGACAACGACCCACAAAUCACUUCGUGGGCCUCGUGGUGCCAUGAUUUUUUUCAGGAAGGGCGUAAAAGAGAUCAAUAAACAAGGAAAAGAGGUAUUGUACGACUAUGAAGAUAAAAUCAAUCAAGCUGUCUUUCCUGGACUUCAAGGCGGCCCUCACAAUCACACUAUUACUGGUUUAGCAGUGGCGCUGAAACAGGCCACGACUCCCGAAUACAAAGCUUACCAAGAGCAAGUCAUGAGUAACUGCUCAAAAUUUGCCCAGACUUUGGUCGAGAAGGGCUAUGAAAUCGUUUCAGGUGGAACUGAGAACCACUUAGUUCUAGUCAAUUUGAAAAACAAGGGUAUUGAUGGUUCCAGGGUUGAGAAGGUGUUGGAGUCUGUCCACAUUGCAGCAAACAAGAAUACAGUUCCUGGAGAUGUAUCUGCAAUGGUUCCUGGUGGCAUCCGAAUGGGAACUCCGGCUCUUACUUCUCGGGGAUUUGUUGAAGAAGAUUUUGUUAAAGUUGCCGAGUUUUUCGAUGCUUCCGUGAAGUUGGCAGUGAAAAUUAAGGCUAACACUCAAGGGACAAAGCUGAAGGACUUCGUGACUGCAAUGCAGUCGAGUGCCUCCGAGAUUGCAAAACUUCGCCACGAUGUGGAGGAGUACGCGAAGCAAUUCCCAACAAUUGGAUUUGAGAAAGAAACCAUGAAGUACAAGAACUGA